UAGGAAAGAGAUCUGGACCCAGCCGAAGCCUGCUGGAGUGAGAGACCUGGAGCUGCCGGCUGCGCUUCGGGGCCAGGAGCAGGAACUGGAGCGUAGGUGUCGGCCUCUGCCCUUUGACAGCUCCCAGCCGAAGGGUGCAGGGCAGCUGCCCGGGUCAGGGACCAUAGCAGAGGGAGAGAAGACCAGCACCCCGGCAUCCUCUCAUUCCAGGCAGCCCGGGCAGCAGGCAUGGGCUGCACCGGAGCUCUAACUUCAGCCGGCCCCGGUGGCCCACAUGGGCACAAGGUCUAUUUUUAGCUCUGCCACAGAAGGCCAGCCACCAAGCACAGGGAUAGCCAGGGUAUUUCAGGGGCAGAGGGAAGAGUGGGAGAGACCAAUCCUGCUUCCUUCCACAUCACCCUCGGCCGUCCCCACCCCCAUGAACCCAGACUAGUUCCCCAUGGUCUGGCAGACAGCCUGCCUCUGGGGCAAGGGUAAGGUCAGGGGCUUUUGCAGCCCUGAGGGCAGAUGGACAAGGUCUUGCGGUCCGGACAACGGUUGCAUCAGCCCAAGCAGUGGCCCAGGGCAGAGGGCCCUGAUGAGAGAGGGCAAGGUUAGGUUGGCUUGGUUGUGGAAAGGCAGAGAAAUCGAUGUGAGAGUGGGAAGGCGAGUUCAGAACGCCAGAGCCUCCCUGGGCCUCCCGCGAGGGGUCAGUCCCACAGGUGGCCAACGAUAACGCCGGCGGGCCGAACUCUCCAGGGGUCCGCAGUCUCGCCUUCCGCAGCAGCACCGUGAGAGAGCGGGACCAGAAAGCUGAUUCCCCCAGCUGCUCUCUCCUGCCUGGGGUUCCCACCUUCCCCACUUGCUACGAAGUUUCCAACUUCCUUCUAGCCCUGGCUGUGGGUGGCCACAUGCCGCUGUGGAGAAGAAAGUGCUUCUGGCUGGCGCUGUCAGUCUUCUGGCUCCUCCUCGUUCUCCUGGGAGUCUUCCCCCUUCGCCGAGCAGUGCCACCGGGUCGUCUACCGGGGCGCUCCCAGGGCUGGCCCCGCUGGCUGGACGCUGCCUUCCUGCAGAGUUUCUCCCAGUCUGAGACGCACCCAGAGGUCCCAGAGCUUCCUCGUGCUCCCCGGGGGAGCGGCUGCACCUGGGGAGCCUGCUUCGACCCCUCCAGAUGUCAGGGAGAUGUCCUCAGGAUCUUCGUGCACACCCCGGCUGGCGGGAGCGCCGCGGAGGAGGCUCACCGCCGGGUCCUGGACUCCCUGCGGGGCUCGCGCUACUACGCCCCCAGCGCGGCCGAGGCUUGCCUCUUCCUCCUGCUCCCCAGCCGGGACGGCCGCGGAGCGUGCGGGCCUCUGCCUCCGAGCUGGGACGGAGGCCGCAACCACCUGGUCCUCAGUCUCCGCCCGGCCCCCUGCACCAGGCUGGGACUGGCGAUGGUAGCCGAGGCCAGCCCCUCCUCCGACAUCUUCCGCUCGGGCUUCGACGUCGCGCUUCCAGAUCUCCCUGAGGCUCACCCACUGCUAGGUGGGGCCCCCGGCCGGCUGCCCCGGCACAGCCCCCAGCCUGGGGCUCCCUUCCUGGCGGUAGCAGAGGAGGGGGGCAGGUGGCGCGCCGCAGGCGCCCACGCCUCAGCCUGCCCCUGGGACAGACGCUGUGAGCAAGACCCCGGACCCCACCAGACCUACCCAGGAGACACGCUACCCAACGCCACCUUCUGCCUCAUCCCUGGCCACCGAGCUGCUACCUCCUGCUUCCUCCAAGCCCUUCAGGCCGGCUGUAUCCCUGUGCUCCUCAGCCCUCGCUGGGAGCUGCCUUUCUCUGAAGUCAUCGACUGGACCAAGGCAGCCAUCAUUGCUGACGAGAGGCUCCCGCUGCAGGUGCUGGCUGCCCUCCGUGAGAUGCUCCCUUCGCGGGUUCUCGCCCUGCGCCAGCAGACCCAGUUCCUGUGGACCGCUUACUUCUCCUCAGUGGAAAAAGUCAUCCAUACCACCCUAGAGAUCAUCCAGGACCGGAUCCGGGGUGCAUCCGCUCACCCGUCGCUGAUGUGGAACAGCCCCCCGGGGGCACUCCUAGCCCUGCCCACGUUUUCCACGAGCCUACAAGACUUCCCCUUUUAUCACCUGCAACAGGGCACCAGCCCUGAGAGCAGUUUCAGCGCCUUGAUCUGGGUGGAGGCCUCUGGAGAGCCCCUCCUGAAGCUCAUCCAGGAGGUAGCAGGUUCCCGGCACUGUGCCCAGAUCCUGAUCCUCUGGAGCAGUGAGAAGCCACCCCCUGACAGGUGGCCCAAGACAGCGGUGCCCUUGACGGUCAUUGAGGGCCACAGGAAGGUCAGCGACCGCUUCUUCCCAUACAGCAGCAUCAACACCAAUGUGGUCCUCAGCCUUGAUGCCCACAGCAUUCUUUCUACCAGUGAGGUGGAUUUUGCCUUUGUGGUGUGGCAGAGCUUUCCUGAGCGGCUCGUGGGCUUUCUGACAUGCAGCCACUUCUGGGAUGAGGCCCGGGGUGGCUGGGGCUACAGUACUGAGAUGGCCAACGAAUUCUCCAUGGUCCUCAACACGGCUGCCUUCUACCACAGAUACUACCACACUCUCUUCACCUCCCUGCCUAAGUCCCUGAGGACCAUAGCAGACGAGACUCCCAGCUGCGCGGACGUCCUGAUGAACUUCCUGGUAGCAGCCGUCACCAAGCUGCCCCCUAUCAAGGUUGCUGGGGGCCCACGGCCCGGGCCGGAGCCGCAGCCCCCGGCUCAGGACUGCGUCAACCGUUUGGCAGCAGGGUUCGGCCAUAUGCCGCUGGUUUCCUCUCGAGUGCGUCUGGACCCGGUGCUGUUCAAGGACCCGGUGUCCGUGCAACGCAAGAAGUACCGCAGUUUGGAGAAGCCCUAGGCGAGGCGCUGGACAGAAGAGAACCCGUCCAGGAGGGGAAAAGCUGUGUCCUGGUUGGCCAAUCACGGCAGAGCCCCAGGGGGCAGUGGCGGCACCGCGACCACAAGCUGAUCCGGUUCCCUGAAAAGCCUUCCUCUGCAUCUCUGCCUGACCCGCAUGCCCACUCACCUCCGUGGCGGCCUCGAAGGCCUUGCACGGUUCACGCCGAGUGGGCCUGGGAGCUCAGGAGGGCGGCUUCUGCCCUCCGCUCUUUGGAAUAUUUGACCAAUAGCUGCAAGAGUAUCAGCUGGAUGCCCUCGUGGAGGAACACAGGCGGAAGGGGACGUGCACGAGACAAACUCUGCUCCUUAUUCUGGAGCGAAGAAAACAGACAUCCGCGGGCACCAGAGUUGCCAGGCUCAGUCAAACGUGAGCGAAGAGGCCAGGAGCCCGGAAUAACCAGAGGGUUGGGUGCUGCGAGCCAGGCGCACGCACCGCACGCUGGUCUCCGGGGUGACCAGCCGCGCUGGACUACCAGCCCGGACCACUAGAGGUCAGCUGCUGCACGCUGUCCCUCCAGAGGUUGGCUUUGCUGUCUUGAGUUUUUGUUGUUGUUUUUCUAGACAGAGUUUCUCCGUGUAGUCCUGGCACGCACUCUGUAGACCAGGCUAGCCUUGAACUCACUCCUACUGCCUCUGCCUCCCGGGUGCUGGGAUUAAAGGCGUGCACCGCCACCCCUGGCUCUUUCUUGAUUGGAGGAGGGGGGAAGGGCGGUAGAGAUCUGACUCUGUAACCCAGGCUGGUCUGGAACUCCCAGCUCGUGUCUCAGCUUCCCCAGUGUUACAGAGUUACAGGCGUGAGCCACAGUGCCAGACCGAAUGGAGUUAGAGACUACGGAGAAGAGGGCAGGCUGAGAAGUGGAGGGGCCCUGGUGUGUGCAGCUCCCCGGUCUAAAAACGCGGGAGGAAUAAAGAUGACAGAAGUCCACUUUGGCCUGCGCACUCGGAGCUGGGGCUGGUCUCGCGGAGGAGGGCCGUCCUCAGCGUCCUGUAGGUGAGAGUGGAGCUGGGGGAGGGGACGCUGCCUUUCCUGGGUUCAUCCACCUGGAACUGGAAUUAUCGCUUCCGAAAUAAAGCACGUGUCCUUGCCCACUCAC